AACUGAAAGCAAACGGGCCAGUCAGCGUGUCACGUGUCACAGGCCAAGACAGGAACCAGCUGGCGGUUGUCAGUGGGGAAAACUCUGUUUUAUUUCUAAAAAUGUUUUAGUUCCGCACAGACGUGAAUCAAAGCCACUGAAGCUCCAAAACACGGCGAAAGAAGGACAAUGAUGAAAAUGAAAGAAGCUCUGGGAGUCGUGCUGUUUUCGCUCACUUUUCUAACAUCCCAGAUAAAUGGCCAGGAGGCUGUUUUGCACAUUUCAGAUGCAAGCUCAUACAGGGAGUACUGCGUCGUCCACAAUCAUUCUUGGACUCCUCUUCCACAGUUGCUCGACUCCGCACUCCAGUACCAGCUGGUCAAUCUGACCUCUACUUUACUGUGUAACUCUUCGGGGAUUAAUCCAGAUGUGGUGAAGGGCAAAGCUCUGGUGGCAAUGAGGGGGGAGUGUGACUUCAGCCAGAAAGCUCUUGUUGCCCAGAGCCUCGGUGCUGCAGCUUUGCUCAUUGCCAGCAGCAAAUCACUGGUCACUCCAUCAGCCAAUGACUCUGAGUACACAAAGGUCAAGAUUCCUCUGGCUCUCAUGAGGUAUAGGGACUUCCUGGAAGCAAAGAAGGUGUUCGGUGAGGGAAUGCAGGCCAGUCUGUAUGCACCACCUUACUCAAAAAUUGAUCCAAGCAUUGCUGUCAUUCUGCUGAUUUCCAUGGUAACGAUCACAUUAGGUGGCUUCUGGAGUGGAGCAUGUGAGAGAGACCGACUGAACAGCUUAUCAGGAGGAGGAGGUGAAAGCAAAGCAAACGGUGGAGAACUUUCUCUGUAUUCUCCUCUGAAAGUGAUUGUCUUUGUUGCCUUGAUGUGUGGGAUGUUGGUCCUCAUGUACUUCUUCUACAACAUUCUUGUUUACGUCAUUAUUGCCAUUUUCUGCUUUGCAUCUGCCUCGGCGCUCUUCAGCUGUCUGGAUGCUGUGAUGGAUCUGAUUGGUUGUAACUCUUUAAGUGUUUCUGUCCGAAACAGGAGCUUCUCUGUGAGGUCUGUCCUUCUGGCUGCUGUGUGCAUAACCAUUGCUGUGAUCUGGGGAGUGUACAGAAAUGAGGACAGGUGGAUCUGGAUCCUGCAGGACCUUCUGGGCAUUGCUUUCUGCCUCAACUUCAUGAAGACCAUUUCAUUGUCUAAUUUCAAGAUUUGUGUGAUUCUGCUGAGCCUGCUCCUUGUUUAUGAUGUCUUCUUUGUCUUCAUAACCCCUUUCUUCACCAAGAAUGGUGUUAGCAUCAUGGUACAGGUAGCUCUUGGCCCUGAUGCAUCUGGAGAAAAGACACAAGGUAACAUGGUGGAGAUCCCAGCUGAACCCCAGCCUCCUGCUGAGAAACUGCCAGUGGUGAUGCGCAUCCCGCGGUUCUCAGCUUGGGCUCAGAACCUGUGUGGGAUGCAGUUCUCCAUCCUUGGUUAUGGAGACAUCAUCAUUCCAGGUCUCCUGGUGGCCUACUGCAGCAGGUUUGAUGUUUGGAUCAACAGCAGAAAGAAGAUCUAUUUCAUCAGCUGCUGCAUUGCCUAUCUGCUGGGAAUGAUCCUGACGUUUGCUGUGAUGCUGCUGUCAGGGAUGGGCCAGCCAGCUCUGCUCUACCUAGUGCCCUUCACCCUGAUAACCUCUGUAGUGCUAGCUGGGUGCCGGGGGGAGAUGAAGCAGUUCUGGGCAGGAACCCCCUAUGAGGUGAGAGCAGAGAAGAAGUAAAGUGUUCAUCCAUGCUGCUCGUGGAUCAGAGUGGACUUGUGAGUCGGGAAGGGGGGGUGGGGUGGACU